AGCCCGGCGCCACACAAAGCCCCGCCACUGUCGGUACUCUUUUAUCUCUGGGCGGCCUCGCUUCCCGCGGCCCUCGCCCGCCGGCCGGCCUCCUCGCCCCACUCGGAGCGCGCGUGAAGACGGCUGAGCGGCCGCAGGAAGGUCAGAAGAACAAUGCACAUAAGUCUUUGACAUCAUGAUGUCCAUCCGGCAAAGAAAAGGAAUAAGAACUGAAGAAGUUUCUGAGAAUUUUUCAGCACAAGAAGAAAAUGUGAAGUUGGAAAAUAAAUUGCCAUCUGGUUAUACCAAUGGAAGAUUAUGGAAGAUUCUGUCACUGACAAUUGGUGGAACCGUUGCCCUUUGCAUUGGACUUCUUACAUCUGUCUACCUUGCCACUUUACAUGAAAAUGAUUUAUGGUUUUCUAAUAUUAAGGAAGUGGAGCGAGAAAUCUCAUUCAGAACAGAAUGUGGACUGUAUUACUCCUACUACAAGCAAAUGCUGCAGGCUCCAACCCUCAAGCAAGGUUUACAUGGCUUAAUAUAUGAUAAUAAAACUGAGUCUAUGAGGACAAUUAACCUCCUUGAACGAAUGAAUAUUUAUCAAGAGGUUUUUCUCAGUAUUUUAUAUAGAGUUCUUCCUAUACAGAAAUAUUUAGAGCCAGUUUAUUUUUAUAUUUACACCUUAUUUGGACUACAGGCAAUCUGUGUCACAGCUCUUUACGUAACUAGCUGGCUCCUUAGUGGUACAUGGCUAUCAGGACUACUAGCAGCUUUCUGGUAUGUCACAAAUAGAAUAGACACCACAAGAGUUGAGUUUACCAUUCCAUUGAGGGAGAAUUGGGCGCUGCCAUUCUUUGCAAUUCAAAUAGCAGCAAUUACAUAUUUCCUGAGACCAAAUUUACAGCCUCUUUCUGAAAGGCUGAUACUUCUUGCCAUUUUCAUAUCAACUUUUCUCUUUAGCCUGACAUGGCAAUUUAAUCAAUUUAUGAUGCUGACGCAAGCAUUAGUACUAUUCAUACUGGACUCCUUGGACAUGCUUCCGGCGGUGAAGGUGACAUGGCUGUAUGGUAUACAGAUAACAAGUUUACUCCUGGUCUGCACUCUUCAGUUUUUUAAUUCUAUGAUACUUGGAUCAUUGUUUAUCAGUUUUAACCUUUCAGUGCUAAUUGCAAGAAAAGUUCAGAAAAAUCUGAAAACUGGAAGCUUCUUUACUAGGCUUGGGAAACUUUUGCUACAUUUAUUCAUGGUUUUAUGUUUGACACUUUUUUUCAACAACAUUAUGAAGAAAAUUCUUAACCUGAAGUCAGACGAACACAUAUUUAAAUUUUUGAAGGCAAAAUUUGGGUUUGGAGCAACAAGGGAUUUUGAUGCAAAUCUGUAUCUGUGCGAAGAAGCAUUUGGCCUCCUGCCUUUUAAUACAUUUGAAAGGCUUUCAGAUACUCUGCUUUUUUAUGCUUACAUAUUUGUACUGUCUAUCACAGUGAUGGUAGCUAUUGCCGUUGCCCUUCAUAAUCUCAGUGAUUCUACAAACCAACAAUCCAUGGGUAAAAUGGAAAAAUGCACAAUUGAACUGAAACCUGAAACUGCCUACAACUUAAUACAUACUAUUCUGUUUGGAUUCUUGGCAUUGAGUACAAUGAGAAUGAAGUACCUCUGGACGUCACACAUGUGUGUGUUUGCAUCUUUUGGCUUAUGCAGCCAUGAAAUAUGGGCAUUACUUCUGAAGCUAGUUCAUCUUUACAAUCCAAAAAGGAUACGUAUAAUGCGAUAUUUGGUACCGAUAUUAAUACUGCUUUAUCUUUGCUAUAAGUUCUGGCCAGGAAUGAUGGAUGAACUCUCCGAGUUGAGAGAAUUCUAUGAUCCAGAUACAGUGGAGCUGAUGAACUGGAUUAACGCUAACACUCCAAGGAAGGCGGUGUUUGCUGGAAGCAUGCAGCUGCUGGCCGGAGUCAAGCUGUGCACGGGAAGGAUCUUAACCAACCACCCACACUACGAAGACCAAGGCCUGAGGGAGCGAACCAGAGCGGUUUACCAGAUAUAUGCAAAGAGGUCUCCAGAGGAAGUGCAUGCCCUCCUAAGAUCUUUUGGCACCGACUACGUAAUCCUGGAAGACAGCAUCUGCUACGAGCGAAGGCACCGCCGGGGCUGCCGGCUGAGGGACCUGCUGGACAUUGCUAAUGGACAUACAAUGGAUGGCCCAGGAGAGAAUGAUCCCGAUUUGAAACCUGCAGGCCACCCUCGCUUCUGUGAAGAGAUAAAAAGAAACCUGGCUCCUUAUAUGGCACACUUCACUAGAGUGUUUCAGAACAAAACAUUCCAUGUUUACAAGCUGUCCAGAAACAAGUAACCAAGCUUUCUGUUCAAUCUCUAUUUUUGAUACAGUGAAACUCUAUCGUAAUGAAGCUCAAUUGACGAAGUUUCCUAUGUAAUUAGGUAGCCUAUACCUUAAAGCUGUGACAUAAGUUCUACAGAUGUUUACACUAGCAUUACCAUCCUUGAAAAUUUCUUCUGCAGGCUUGUCUUUUUUGUCUCAUCUUUCUUUUCCAUUGAUAUUCUUUAGCAUAAAUGUUCACAACUUUCUAAGAUUUUAUUGUUGAGGACAGUGUGUGGAGAACAGUAUGUGUUCCAUGGGUUAACCUGAACAACCACGUAUCAUGUUGGAAAUUGAGAGCCUGUUCAGGAAUUUGAAAUACCUUUAAUUUCCAAUUGACUUAAGAUAGCUAUGGUUGUAUUAAAUUGAGUGGAUGCAUAUUUAAAUUAUUUCAUACUGUUUCACUAGUGAAGACCAAUUGGUAGCUUUUUAAAAAAGACUCUUUACUGUCUUGUUUUACUUUAAAAUUUUAUAGUGUUCUCCAAUUUUCAUGCUCUUAACAUUUUAAAAAAUCAUAUUAACCUUUGUAUGUAUCCGAAAUUUUGGGGUUGGGCUUUGUGUGAAAUAUUCUGUGUAGCAUUUCAGUAGUAUGUAUCACAUAUUAAGAGAGUGUAUGUGUGUGGGUGGGUGUGUUUUGAUGCUGAGCACAGCAUUAAACUUUUGUAAGUCCUUAAAGGGGGCAGCCAAGUAGAAUUUGUUACUGUUUAGUGUUUUUAUUUUAAAACCUAUUUACUGUGUAACCCCUCCUUCAAAUAAGAUAGUUUGGCUUUAUUUCUUACUCAUUUAAAUUUAAUGGGUUUGCAAAAUUUUGUAAAAUUUUUGUGUUUUUAGCCUUUGUAUUUUUUACUGCCUGGAACCUUGCAGAGUCUGAAUAUUUUUAAAAUGAGUGUAUUAACUAAUUUGCUAAUACGAUAUUUUUGGCAGACAGCAUUUUCAUACCAUGUUUGCUUUGUGGUCUCCAGUCUUAACUUGAGGUCCCUGGUGGCAUUAUUCUUUUCCUUAUGAAAAGGUAAAAAUCAAGUGCCUCUAAAUCAUGCCUACUUGUAAACAACAAAGAGGAUUAUGUGUACCUGCUCAAAAAUUUUUUGAUAAAUGCUUUAUAAUUAAUUUCUAAUGAUGGGGACAUGGAAACAUUGCUGAUAAAAGCAUACUGUGCAUUUAAUUAAAUCAAGAUGGCUAAUGAAAUUAACUUUCUCCUCCUGUUCUUGCCAGUUGGAAAUUAUUUAAAUGUUUCUUCCUGAAGUUGUAUUACAGUAAAUUACAUAGGCUUUGAGAUGGGUAUAUCACAUAUUCCAAUAAUUUUAUGUUCAGUUACUACUAAUUAGGCAGCAUUCAAAUAAUGUUUGUACAUGGUCAUGUUGGACACAAGAAUACUCAGCUUUUAUCAAAACUUAACUUUAAUAAAAAAUUGACAGUAGCUGGAUAAUUAAAUUAUGCAACUGAAACUCCUGAAUUUAUCUUUCCUGUGUCUGUUAAGGUUGGAGACCACUGCAGUUUAGGAUAAUACAAUAAUAAAAGCUUUUAAUCAGUACUAACACUUCGGUUAAGCCAGGAAUGAUGCCUGUGGUAGCUGACAGCCUGGGUCAGUGCGUCCUUCAGUGAGUGCCUUACUCUAACUGAGACCAGCCACGUGUAAGGUACAGCGUGUCAGGCUAUGUGGUUCUGUUGUUAAAUCCUCUGUUACUUUUUCAGAUGUAUUUAAUUUAAAUAUCCAUAUAUGUAUUAGUCUAGGCAUUAUGAGUAUUUGUUUGGAGUCUCGAUAAAUAAGAAACUGUACUUAAAUUUUUAUUCUAAUCAUCACUGCAUUGAUGACAUACAGUGAUUUUUUUUUCAUCAUUUAGGUGCCACUGUUGCCAAAACCCUUAGUGUUCAUUCUUUAAUGAAAAAUAUAAAGUGCCAAAAAAUCUUUCAAGAUGGAAUCCAUACUCUUUCCAAGACACUGUGACCAUGUACAGAAGUUUUUAUUUCCUGAUGACCAAAUCUUUCAGUGAAUACUAUUAAAUAUUUUUAGUGCCCGUCAGUGUUCUCUUUUAUGACUUUCUCAUUAAGUACACAGGGAAAAAGAGAGGAAAAGCAUCACCUGACUCCUGGCUCUGGUUUCUAGCCCCUGCCAAGCCGAAGCAAGAGACCUGUGGUUUGAGCUCCACACCACACAGACCUUGGCAUCUGGGUUAACAUUUGGUGAUAGCCUCAAACUGUGGCUCUGUUUUUGGGGAUUAAAAAAAAAAACAAAAAAAAACCACUUUAAUUUGCUUCAGAGUUAGUAUAAAAAGAGCCAUAAAGUACAGAAAAGUGCUCUUACUUGGCCUCUGCCUGCCCGGCUCACCAGAUGCCCCCAGCCUCCAUCCCUCUUGUAAACUGCACGCUCACAUGCUCCUGCUCCCACAGGGAGUCCUGUGCCAUACCAGACUUCUCCGUGCGAGCUGCACUUCUCAGUGUAAGUGCAUGAUUCAGUUCACUAUUUACAUAUACCUAGGAAAUACGGGUGUAAAAAGAAAGAGUUGUUUCUAUCAAAAUUACGUUGAAUGCUUUGGUAAGAUUUGAUGAAGAUUGAGUUGCUAAUAAAAUCUGCUAUGGGAAAAUUAUAAAAUACUGGGGAAACUAUAAAAAUCAAAAUUCUGAGCUUUGAUUGCUUCAUAGAUUUAUAUAAAUAUUCCACUUUUAAAAAAUCUAAACGGAUAGAUAGGAAGGUUUUAAAAUAUACUCAAAUCAUGUCAUAGGUAUGAUUUAUACAAGAAGUAGAACUGCAAUCAUUGUAUCUUUAUGCAAGGGAAAGGCCUUGCCUUUACAUCAUAAGAUUAGCAGAUGAAUGUACAAUUGUUCAUCGUAAGUUAUGAUUCCCUCCUUUAACCUACUUACCCAUCAUUCUAUGGCCAACUGCUGGUACUGAUCACAAUGGCUGACAGAUGCUACUAUAGUUAAAAGGUUUAGUCACAUGCAUUACAGGCUUUUUUUAAAGAACAGUGAUUCAUUUUGGAUAUAUUAGCCACAAGCAUAAUUAGGUAUUAUCUAAGACCAUUUGUUGGUCUUAAAAGAUGGUUUUCUUUUAAGAAACCAUUUGCUGUCCAUUUGAAGACAGUUUUUCCUGACCUUGUGAGAUAACUAGCUAGGUUUUCUUUGAGUGUGUGUAUUUGUUUGGGGUGGGUGCUGCCACCUGGCAAGGGCAUAUGUAGAUACUUCAUCUGGUCUGCCUCUUUUUUUUCACAAGUAACUAAAAAUGUUUAUUCUGAUUCCACAUGAACAUAGUCUAAGUUGUAAAAAUUUUAGCCCCUCUUUGGCCAAAAUCUACCUGAAUUAACAGAACUGUUCAAUUUUUGAAAUUUAAUUGAAACCUUGGAAUUAAUAGGAAGAUAUUAAAAUGUUCCUGGAUCAUAUAUCUUGGUUAAUAUACUUUCAAAUGCUUUAUGCAUGACAACCUUUUGGCCUAGGAGAGAGUGCUUGUCUAUUUACGGAAAAGGGCUUUUAAGAUGAGGGAGUGACUUUCUUGCGAUAAUUGAUUUCCUGUUUUUAACAUCUUAUGGGUGAACUCUCACAAAGAGCUUUUAUAAUUUGUUGUACUGAGUUGUAUGGAGAUCAUAUACUAAAUAAAGCUCUUACAAAGCAUACAA